AUGAGUAGCUAUAGCAGUGAAAGCAACCAGCGGUAUAUUCUUCUGUUUGGCGUCGUCAAGGAGAUUGGCAAGCUCUUCAGCAAGAAGUUCACUAUCGAUGGUGCUGCUGCCGGGCACGACAAGAAGCAAUCGAGAAACGAGUUCAACUUUGAGGCCACCACUGCGAAGUACCAGCAAAUGGCCUUCUUUGACCAGCAUGUGGGCACCGCGCAAUGUGCGGCGAAUGUGCUGGAUCAGCUCCACGGAUUCGCGCUGGGCAACAACUAUCUAGCGCUGCAGGAGCAUGUGGCGUUUCUGUUCAACCUCAUGGAGCUGGCGCUAAACAUCUACAGUAUCCUGGAACUAUUCUACAGCCUGCUGAAGGAGUUGCCCGAAGUCGAGCAUCAGUUGCAGUUAAAAAAGUCGAACUUGGUGCGCAGUUAUACCACUUCGAUAGCGCUCUACAUAAUAAGUAUCCUGCGACCCUACCACAGUUGUCUGCUCUUCUCCCCAGAACAAACGCUGUCCGUGUUUGUGGGCGUUUGUCGCAUUAUUCGCCACGUUACGAUCUGCUGCAAGGAAAGGAACAGUCAAGGAACAGAUUAUCAGCAGUUGCAGUGCAUCAAUCGCUUCAAGGACAUCUUUAAUACACCAGAACAGCUGAGUCUUCCGCUGCAACGGUAUAACCCGCAGCUACGGGAGGAACUUUUUGUGGUGCCUCGUCGUGGCGGCAAAUUCGAGCUCCAUUGGCUGCGCAAUCUGUACGAGUCGCCGGCCAACGUGUACAGCUUUGUUUCCAAUGCAGUCAUCACUGUUUGUGAGGAAACGGACAACGAACGGUUGAAUGAUGUGGCUUUGGCCUGCGCCGAACUAACUGCCAGUUACAACGUGCUGUCUAAGGAGUGGAUUGCCACCUUGCAAAGCCUGUGCAGCGGCAGUAAGAGUUCCCGGUACCCGCAUCUGAGCCAGGGCGGUCAGGUGGACAUCGGGCAGACCAAGACGCAUGACGCCCUAGCCGUGUUCGUGUGCACUCUGUCAGCCCGACGCUGCUUCUCCCUGGCGGACUUUGUAAGCAAGUUUGCCCUGUCCACCUUGGUACGACCCGUAAACUCCGGGGCGCAGAAUUGAGCGUAGAUACGGAAGCAGUAGCCCGACUCACUUGCCAACUAGUGCUAAAACUAUUAAAAGCCCUUGAAGAUUCCCCAGCCGGGAAUGUACUGUUCUCCUCCCCCAAUCCGCUGGACGCUGUGGGAAACGACUUCAGCAUUCAGCUAAGCUGUGACAGACACUUGCUAGUGGGCGCCCACAAGACCAUUCCCAUAGCUGCAGUGCUGGCGGUGCUUAUAGCUAUUCUUAUAGUGGUGGACAAUGCGGCACUGAAAACCCCACUGACUGCAGGAGGAUCAUCUUCGGGUAGUUUAGGCGGCGCCUUCGGCGCCCUGGCAGCACGCCACAAUGCAAAGCAGGAAUGAGCUGCUCUCAGCCAGAUUCUGGGGGCCAGUGACCUCCAGAUGGGCAGCAGCUUAACCAAUGAACCGGAGAUGAUGCAGCAACCAUACAUUGGCGGCGAACUACAACAGAUCUCACUUCUGGAGUUUGCGCAGGCGGUGCUUAGGCGAUAUGUGCCCAGGAGCACGUCCUGGAAAGGUGCCUUAAGAACGCGAAGCAAUUGUGCGACAUCACACACCCCCUUACCGAAUAAUUUGCUCCAACAGUGCUGUGUGUCUGGAUCUAUUCCAACUACCAUCAUUUUAAGAAAUUAAAUGUUUUGGAUAAAUAUUUCCAUAUAAAAUUGCCAGGACUUGCCUCGUUGAGAAGGUGUUAUUGCCACUAAAGGAUGCGGCACUGAAUAUUAAUUGAAGCAAUUGGACAUAGUUUUGGAGGCUUAAGGUUGUUUAAUGAUAAAUUUGUUUGAAAGCAUUUUUUGAA